AUGAUUACAAUCAAUGUGGACAAAAGGAAGAGGUCUUGUAACUUCACUAAAGAAGAAGAGUCCUUAUUUAUGGAACAGGUUGAAAAAUAUAAAACUAUUUUGGAUUGCAAAGCGACAGAUAAAGUAAAUAAUUUUAAAAAGAAUGAAGCUUGGAAUGCACUAACUUCAUCUUUCAAUGCCGUGAAUCGAGUGGAGAGAACUACAAACCAACUAAAAGCAAAAUAUGAUAAUUUAAAAAGAAUAGCCAGAAGAUCUGGCAGUCAAGGAGAAUAUUACGUGAAAGCAACUGCAGGUGCACCUUCCUAUAAAAGUACUACAAAUGAGGACACAUUAAUGGUCAAGUAUGAUGUUAAAGAAGAGCAAAGUAUCAUCAAAGAAGAGGAAAGUAGCAUUUGUCCAGAUAAUACAUCCGAAAUUGACUAUGAAUAUAAAACACCGGAUAUGCAGCCCAAAGAAGAAUAUUAUAAAUUAAAAACUGCUUUGCUUGAUGAGGAGCUAAAGCUUAAAAAGAUGGAAGUAGAAGAUCGGGUCACGAAAAGGACCAGGGAAGAGGUGGAACACCAAAUGAAAAUAGAAGAACACAAUAUUCGGCUACGGAUAUUAAAAUGUGACUUGAUAUUAAAAAAAAGAGAGAUUGGUGUAAAAAAAGAAUAA